CGGUAGGCCCUUGCUCCAAUCUUCUUCAUCAUCCUCCUCCGACGCUUUUCUGGUUUCCGGCAAUGGAAUCUACCCAAGAUGAGAUACUCCAUGACUUCCAUCCUAUUCUCCGUGUCUACAAAGACGGUCGCGUCCACAAAAUGACCACCACCCCCAUCGUGCCUCCCUCCGACGAUCCCCAAACCACCGUCCGAUCCAAGGACGUCGUCGUCUCUGCCGACCCUAAAAUCGCCGCGCGUCUCUACCUCCCCAGAACCACAAACACCAAACUCCCGCUCCUGAUCUACAUCCACGGCGGUGCUUUCGCCAUCGAAUCCGCCUUCUCCACCCUCUAUCAUAACCACCUUAAUUCCCUCACCGCUGCCGCCAAUAUCGCCGCCGUCUCCAUCGAGUACAGACUAGCCCCAGAACACCCAAUCCCAGCUUGCUACGAUGACUGUUGGGAGACCUUGAAAUGGAUUGCGAAUACACCCGACCCAUGGAUCAGAAACCAUGCGGAUCUGAGUCGGGUCUUUUUGGCCGGCGAUAGUGCCGGAGCCAACAUCGCACAUAACAUCAUGGUUCAGUUCAGCGAAAACGGGAUUGGAUCGGGAUUGAAGAUUGUGGGGAUAGCUUUGAUUCAUCCGUUUUUCUCUUUCGAUGAAGAGGAUAAACUGUGGAAGUACCUUUGCCCAGGUACAAACGGGUUGAAUGAUCCAAGAAUGAACCCGGCAGCGGAUCCGGGAUUGAUGGCAAAGAUGGUGUGUGAGAAGGUGGUGGUGUGUACCGCCGGAAAAGAUCAUCUGAGAGAUAGAGGAUGGAGUUAUUAUGAAGCAUUGAAGAAGAGUGGGUGGGGAGGGCAGUUGCAGAUUAUGGAAACUGAAGAUGAAGAUCAUUGUUUUCACUUGUUUAAUCCAAAUUCAGAAAAAUCACAUGCACUUGUAAGUUUUUUGUCUUCUUUAUUUAAUUAAUCUUACUUAACGACUUAAUUAAUCUUCGGAUUUGGAUCU